GCGCACGGCGGUGGCGGGACCAUGGCGUUCACGCUGUACUCGCUGCUGCAGGCCGCGCUCCUCAUCGUCAACGCCGUGGCUGUGCUGCACGAAGAGCGCUUCCUCCGGCACGUUGGCUGGGGAAGCGACCAAGGGAUUGGAGGAUUUGGAGAGGAGCCAGGAAUUAAAGCACAGAUAACGAACCUUAUUCGAUCUGUACGAACUGUUAUGAGAGUGCCAUUAAUAGCAGUGAACUCCAUUACAAUCGUUCUCCUCCUGUUGUUUGGCUGAAAGUACCUAUGGAAACCAUUUGGACAUCCAAAGAAACAAGUUUCUCUCCACCACUGCUCUGAGUUUUUGGGGAUACAGCUGUCAAUCUGACACUCAAAGUAAUAAAGACACUAUUUCCACCUACCCCAUUUCCUAAUGUUCACUUGCAGUUUCAUUAAACCAAGAUAAUGGGAUCAAUGCAACAACGCUGCAAAUGUAUUGGACUGUGACCAGUUCUGCUGCCGCCUGUUAAGUAGCACUGAUUGUUAGAGUACUGCAAUGAUUGUUGGCAGUUUUUAAACACCUUGUUACUCAGGGAUGAAUUUCCUUCAGUAAGCUUCCCAAUUUACUUUUACAUUAAAAUAAACAACAGUGAUUUUUAUUUCAGGCACCACCAUGGUACUGUUUUGGAGAACGUGAAUUAGGCUCUGAAAACAAUGUUGUAAGUUACUGGAGUUGUGGUAUUGAGGGAGGUAAAAUUAGCUGGGUAAGGUCCUGAUGCAGUUUGAUUGAAACCAGAGUUUUUCUCUUGGUGUUUCAGAGCCUUUUCAAAUCAGCAAAUGUUUCAUGCUAGUGGUAGAAUAAGUUGAAAACAAGUGCAAUUCCUAUGCAAACUAAAAUUAGCUGUACCUAAAGCUGAGCAACUCAGUGCUAAUUUAGGCUGGCAGGUGAUAGCAGGGAUUGUUACUGCUCUGUCAAGGAUUGCUGCUCUUUCUAAAAUGUGUGCUAAACUUCUGCUUGGUGGUUAGUGCUUCAGAAGUGGGGAACCAUUUUGUAUUCUGAGCUUCUUUGGAAAAGUGGGAAGGGAAUACUGUGCCCUUUCCAAAUGCAAUGCCUCUUCUGUUACUGCUGCUUCUUCCUCUGUCCUGCAUCUUCCUUUGUUAAAUGAACAGUUUUGAAACCAUGGGUAUGAUCUUGCCGUUCUGUUGCAGAGAGUAUUGCUGAUUGCUUCGGUACAGGUUAUGUCUCAAGUAAGACUGCUGGGUUAGGUCCAGUGUUACAUAGCAAGUCUGAACUGAAGAAGGCUGCUUCUCAUUCUUUAAAAAAGUUAGAAACCUUACAUGUGUUCCUCUGCUAAAGUGUCUCAGCUUAUUUUUAAGGAGAGGAGGCCAAAGGAAACCUGGCAGUUUAAUUAACUUAAAACACCUUGGUUUAUUGUCUUUUCUUCUGACAUCUUGGUGACUGAAGCACUCCCUGUUGUAUACAAAAACAGAUCUGUAAAAUGUGUAAGUGAAUUUAAGAAUCUUCAGUUGCAGUGUUUUGCAGAGUAGAGUAUAUCCAGGAAGAGAGUUUUAUGUUGUU